AAAACAUCGUUGAUUUUACACUGUCGUAUACGUAUUAGAACGAACAAAACGCCGAAUAUAAAGCCGACACAUUGUUGUAUUAAAACUAAGGAGUAAAACGACGAAAAAUUAAACUAUUAUAAUGGCGCCUGACGAUUUUGAAUUCGAGGAUAUCGAUUCGGAAGUGGCGGAUGAAUUGGACUGGACGAAGCAUCCUUGUCGACGAAAUUGCAAAGACGAAACACCUCCAAUGGAAUGUCAUUACGUCUUUAGGUUAGAAGCGUAUCAUACAAUGAGCAAAGCAUGCUACGAUUGCCCAUUCAAUAUCACGGAUUGUUUUCGCGAACAUUGUAUCCCGGCAGAUGGAGUCGAAAGAUCGAUUUUAGUGGUUAACCGGCAAAUGCCUGGACCACCUAUCGAGGUGUGUCAAGGUGACAGGAUAAUAGUCGAUGUAAUAAAUUUAUUGCAUUCUGAGAGCACGACAAUGCAUUGGCAUGGUCAACAUCAUGUUAAGACGCCAUAUAUGGAUGGUGUACCUUAUGUAUCUCAAUGCCCGAUUUUGCCAGGUUCAAUUUUCCGUUAUGAUUAUAUUGCCACCGAGGCGGGCACACAUUUUUGGCAUUCUCAUUUAGGCUUCCAAAGAGGCGACGGAGUAUACGGUGCGUUAAUUGUGCGUACAUCACCGAAAGUAAAUUGGCACAAAGAUUUGUAUGAUAUUGAUGAACAUACUAUCCUGAUUUCGGAUUGGACUCAUGAAUUAGGAAUUGAUAAAUUUUUAAGUCAUCAUCAUGCAGGUGGAGACAACAAACCGCCUAAUAUUUUGGUCAAUGGUUUAGGCCGUUUCACUAUUAAUCGACACGAAAACAAUAUAUCCGCUAUAAUGCCAACUGCAACAUUUACCGUAAAACAGAAUACUAGAUACAGAUUUAGACUUAUUAACGCUGAAUUUCUUAAUUGCCCAAUCGAAUUGUCGAUCGAUAAUCAUACCCUACGUGUAAUUAGUUCAGAUGGACGUGAUAUUGAACCCGUCGAAGCGGAAUCUUUGAUAAGCUAUGCCGGCGAAAGAUUCGACUUCAUUGUUGAAACUAAUCAAGAUGUGGAUAACUAUUGGAUGCGAUUUCGUGGAUUAAUGGAUUGUGAUGAAAGAUUUACCAAGGCUUAUCAGGUUGCUGUAUUACGAUACGAAGGUGCACCUGAAAAAGAUCCAGACGGUGUAGUCUCGUAUGAACGCGAAUCAAAUGAAUAUAUAGGUCAGCGAAUAAAUGCUUUGAAUGAAGGCAUGGAAACUAAUAACAGCAUCAGUAUACCAUUGUUAAAAGCCAUGGACAAAAAUGACAAAUCGAAUAUUGCACGUCCUGAUUAUCAAUUUUACGUGUCUUAUGAUUUUUACAAGAAAGAUAAUCCUCAUUUCCAUCGCGGAAAGCUUUAUGGAUUUAAUCAAGUAAAAAAUACAAAACGAGUACUCACUCCUCAGUUGAACCAUAUCUCAAUGAAGCUACUAUCCAUGCCUUUGCUAUCUCAAAGAGAUCUCAUCGAUUCAGAUCAAUUUUGUAAUGCGAGUACUGUUCAAGACUGCGUACAUGAUUAUUGUGCUUGCACUCAUGUCCUCCAAGUAAAGCUUGGUAGUGUGGUAGAAAUAAUCUUGGUAGAUGAAGGUUUCGCGUAUGAUGCGAACCAUCCGUUCCAUCUUCAUGGCUAUCAAUUUCGUGUGAUUGCAAUGAAAAGAAUUGGCAAGAAUGUCACCGUUGAUCAAAUAAAGGCAUUGGACAAAGAAGGAGCGAUACGACGAAAUCUUGAUCGUGCCCCAUUAAAAGAUACCGUAACAGUACCGGAUGGUGGUUAUACUAUUUUACGAUUUCAUGCCAAUAAUCCAGGCUAUUGGUUGUUCCACUGUCACAUUGAAUUCCAUGCGGAAGUUGGAAUGUCGUUAAUUUUUAAAGUUGGCGAGCACAAAGAUAUGUUACCAGUACCAAAUAAUUUUCCUUCUUGCGGUAAUUGGCAACCUAAAGAUAUACCAUUCAAACCAAGUACCGCCAAUAUGUUACUAAACACUACGGAAAUUCCAAACGCAACGGAAGAUAAAAUUACUGAGAACAGCAUACAACAAUUUAUAAAGGUGUUACCGCAAGUUUUAAGAACAUUACAAAUGUCAUCCUCAGCUAGUACCUCAGUUAUUUCGCGUAUUUGUUUCUUUCUUUUUCUCAUUGCUCUUUUAUAGCUGUAGUCUGUAAGAUUGUGUAAGAAAAGGAGAAUUGUUUGUAAAUAUACUAUUUUAAUUGCAUUGUUACAGUUAAGUAAGUGAUAUACAAGUGAUAUGUAUGAAAAUUUAGUCUGGUACAACAUUCUUUUGUACGAGAAUUAACGUCAUUGUAUUAUUUUAAAUUGCCAAAUAAUCAUGUUACCAAAUAAUACAUAAUAUUUAGUAGAUAUAGAGUAUACAUUCUAACAAAAAAAAAAUUAAAUAAACUAUGAGAAAUUAAAAACAUCAAAGAAAUAUCCUUGUAAAAAUAGUUUGGUACCAAGAAAAUUUUAAUUCAUUAUAGUUCAUUAUAAAAUAUUGCAGUUAAAAAGUUGCUAAUUUCAGUUAAAAAAAAUCAAUUUGUAUAUGUUGAUAUUUAAACGAAAUUAGAAUGAAAUGCAUUUGUUAUUUAGGAAAUAUCCGUUUGUGUUCUAAUCUAUUUUCAAUUGUAAAUAGUUUUAUUUAUUGAGUAUUUCUAUACUGUGAUAUAAAUAUUAUAAGCAUACUUGUUAAAAAUUAAAUACCAUUAAUUGUUAAAAACAGUGUUCAUAAUAAGUAAUUAAUAUACUUCUUAUUUUUACAUGUAAUGAUACAUGCAAGCGAAUAGUUAAUGAAUAUUCUUAUGUCAUAUUACGUUAUUUUGUAAACGAACAUAAAAUUUGAUAUAAAAUUUAUGAGUCAAAGAAUUUUGCUUUGUCCAUCCAGUGCCCUAAAAUUUCGUGCAUGAAAAUUUGUUGAUAACUUUUUUGAGAUUGUCAAUUGUUAAAAAAAUGAUAAACGAGAAGCUUAUAUUAAUAGCUAUGUAGCAUAAUAUAUAUCAGGAGAUGUGUGAAAGGUGUCUUAAACUUUGAAGUUUAAUGCCCCAUUAUUUUGUACAUUUGUAUGUUUAAAUAUAAAAAAAAAUUAGUUCUAUUUACUUUAUUUUUUUUAUUUAUUACAUAUAUUGUCAAUGAUCAUAUUUUGUAAAUUGACAUUAAUUUCCUUUUUAACAAUUUUCAAAAGACAAAAAGUUAUAUGCUAUUAAACAUUAUUACACGUGUCUUGAGAACAUUGAGAAGGUGGACAAAUUGUAUAACACACGUCUUUUUGAGGUGGUCUCUGUAGUGGAUGUGCCAAUAGUUUAGCCAUACUAUCGUGCAAUUUUGCUGCGUUCCUUCCUACUUCUAAUAUGUAUGAAAAAUUUGUUGUAUCCAAUGUUGCUAUUUCAGAAUAAAUUUCUUCACAUAAAUUUUCAGAACAGGGUGGUUCGUGUACAUAUAAUACAUCUAUGAAAAAAUAUGGAUUUUUUGUAAGAGUAUCUAAAGGCUUUUUGUCAAGAUGAAAUUUUGGGAUGCUAUUGGAACGUGAAUACACUAAAAUUAUUCUGACAACGAAUGUUGGAACAGCUGUGUCAGAUUUCUUAUUUGGCAGAGGUAAUUUUUGUUCUAUCUCAUCGAACAUUUGUCCAAGGUCGUAUGUUUUUUUAUCUUCCUCUAGGAAAUCAUCAUUAAUAAAAUUCAAAUGAUUAACAACACUGUUGGUGUUAUUGGUAAAAUCGCAUAUCCAUUGAAAGCUGUGAGAAUUCAAGAUCAUUAAUCCAUAUUCAUGGCUAUGCUGGAUGACAGAUUUAAUGUAAAUAAAAUUUUCUAUAGUUCGUUUUAUCAUGAACAAAGGCAUAUAGCUAGCUCCUGUAGACAAUUUGAAUGGUGUACAAUUCCUCUCUCUUGCCGUAUCGAUUACGAAUAAAAUUUUCUCAGGUAAAUUCAUUCCUGAGAAAUUUCGUAACAACGUAUUGUCUUCAUCGGGCUUGAAAUCCGGAAUGAAACACGAGGCGCUUUCAAUGUUACUCAUUUUCUAUUGAAUGUAGGUUAGCAUUUCCGAAAAUUUUAUCAACAAGUCAAUAUCCUUUGUUGAUCACUUUUGAUGCAUUUUCCUAACAUUAUUGCAUACAAACAAGAAUGCAAUUGGUUUUUCCCCGAUGAACAGCUUUAUUUCGCAGUGCUUUUGAUUGAUUUUGAAUAUAACACAAUAUAAACGUUUCUUGUUAUAAUAUGCUUGCACUGAAAGAUUAUGGUAGCAGCGGCGACGAUAACAGUGAACCCGAAAAUGAAAGUGAAAAUAAAAAAAGUGAGGUUAACUGUAUCGUCGAUUCUAUCAACGCUUCUACCGUUAAUUCUAUUCCCGCAGAAAAUUUGGUUGCAUCUCUAAAUAUGCAAAUUUGUUCCGCACCCGAAGUAAUACCAAUGGGAACAGAAUUAUGUAUAAACCAUAUAGAUUCAACCGUGCAAGAGAUAAUGCACAACCCUAAAUAUGAAGAACUUUUUGCACCGGAUAUUGGUCCAGAAAAUCCAUUUAAAACGCAACAACAACGUGCUGUAAAAAAUAUGCUUUCUGGAUAUGUUGAGAAAGCUCAUAUAAGCGAGUUUCAAUUUGAAAAUCAAAGGAGAACAUUUGCUAGUUAUGGGUAUGCACUAGAUCCAACUGUAGAUGGUAGUGCAGAAGAAGGUAAAACAAUCAUUGGUGCAAAAGAUGCUGCUGAAGAAUCUGGUGGUAAAACUGUAUUUGAAAGUACAACACUAAGGGCUUCUGACAAAAGAAAACGUCACAGGAAUGAUGAUCCUGCAGAUAUAGAAGGAUUUUUAGGUCCGUGGGGUGGAUAUGUAGAUGAAAAACGAGUUAUUAAACCAACUGAGGAAGAAGCCGCGGAAUUAGAAGAAAUAUUAGCAAAAAGAAAUAGACGAGGAAAACCAACAGAAGAAAAACCACUCGAAGAGAAAACAGUAUUACAUAUUAAAGAUAGUGUGGAUUAUCAAGGCAGAUCAUUUUUACAUGCACCACAGGAUGUUGGCGUAAAUUUAAGAUCAGAAUCACCACCCGACAGAUGCUUCUUACCAAAAGCACAAAUUCAUACUUGGGAAGGACAUACCAAGGGUAUUUCACAAAUCAGAUGGUUUCCACGUACUGCACAUUUGUUACUUUCUAGUAGCAUGGAUUGUAGGGUGAAGUUGUGGGAGGUUUAUAAAGAUAGAAGAUGUAUCCGAACUUAUUAUGGUCAUCGUCAAGCUGUAAGAGAUAUAAGCUUUGAUAAUGAUGGGAAAAGAUUUUUGUCUGCUGGAUAUGAUCGUUAUGUAAAAUUAUGGGAUACAGAAACAGGUGGUUGCAUAAGUCGAUUUACUAGCAGAAAAAUUCCAUACUGCGUGAAAUUUAAUCCUGAUCCAGAUAAGCAACAUUUGUUUGUAGCGGGCACCAGUGACAAAAAAAUUAUUUGCUGGGAUAUCCGUUCUGGUGAAAUAACACAAGAGUAUGACAGACAUUUGGGGGCUGUAAAUACGAUAACAUUCGUAGAUGAAAAUCGAAGAUUUGUAACAACAUCGGAUGAUAAAAGUUUAAGAGUAUGGGAAUGGGAUAUACCGGUCGACAUGAAAUACAUAGCUGAUCCUUCGAUGCAUUCUAUGCCAGCAGUUACACCCUCUCCUAAUCAAAAGUGGUUAGCAUGCCAGAGCAUGGAUAAUAAAAUUGUUAUAUUUUCUGCAUUAAACAGAUUUAAAAUGAAUCGCAAGAAAACAUUUACGGGUCACAUGGUUGCUGGUUAUGCGUGUGGUUUGGACUUUUCUCCUGAUAUGAGUUACCUUGUGUCGGGAGAUGCGGAUGGAAAAUGUUACAUUUGGGAUUGGAAAACAACGAAAUUGUAUAAAAAGUGGAAAGCACAUGACGGUGUCUGUAUCGACGUAUUAUGGCAUCCUCAUGAACCUUCAAGAUUAGCUACAGCAGGUUGGGAUGCAAAAAUAAAAUAUUGGGAUUAAGAGCAUUAUAGACUGUAUUUUUACAGAAGUAAUUUCUGUUUGUCUAUCUUUGUAUUUGUAUCUGUAUUUUAUAUUAUAUGUAUAAAUAGAUUUACUUUAUAUAUAUAUUAUUAAAAAUACAUAAUUAUAAAAACGUAGGAACUUUCGAUUGUUCAAAAAUGAUUCAUUGCUACUAUACAAAAUAUACAUAAAUAUAUAACUAUUUUAAAUAAUAAAUCAUAUUAAAUUUUUUAAUGUUACUGGGUCAAUUAGUAAAAUUUUUAUUAUAAUUCUUUUACAUUCCGUUUUUAAUUAGUCACACACAAGUGAUAUAAAAGUAUAUUUCAUUAAUGAUUAUUUCAUUUUUUUUAUAAGCAGUUAAAAUUAAAAUAUUAUAAUACUAUUUGAAAUAAGUGCAAAAUUUUAAAUAAUUUCUAUUAUAUAUAAAUACUUUUUAAAUGACAAACUUUCUGCCGUUCUAUGGCGGUCGUAAAAAUCAAUAAUGCGCAUCAUGAUGUCUGCCGUUUUUGUUUCAUAUGCCGUUGCAAAUUUGUUUACUGUUCUCGGCAAAUUAAAUCUUUCAAAUCUAAUUGUUAAAUUGACGAACGCUUAACAAUAUAUGCUCUUUUAUUAUUAAAAUUUAAUAUGAUAAAUCGAUUCGUGCAAGGAUCUUGAAAUUGUACAAAUAUCCAUCAAGUCACUAUUAAAUUAGAAGGUAAUAAUAAGUUUUUACUUAUAUAAGUACUUAUGGAUACAUUUUAUUAAUACGAGUUUUACUUGUACGAAUAAAUUUAUUAAGUUCAAGUAUGGAUAUAUAUUUAACAUUUUCGUUGAACACGUGGACUGUUGUAUGAGAUGUGAAAUUUUAUUAAAAAAAUAGAAAGAAAUCAAAUCAAUAUAAGAAAAUCUAUCUACUUGUCUUUAUAAAAACAAAGUGAAAACAAAUAUUACAUGUGUACGUCAGUAUGUAAUUGUACAAAUAUCAUUUGUAAAGGUGACAAUAUGCCUGUAAAAAUAUACAUAAUAAAAAAUCUACAUAACAUGAUAGGUGUAAUAUAAAAAUGGAUGGUCCUGGAUUAGGAUACUCGUAUCAUCUUCCUUCUGCAGGAUGGAAUUUUCGAGUUAGAAAUAUACUUUCACAGUUCAGUGAUCUUUUCAGUGAAUUCAAUAAGUAUAUUGCACCUGCCUAUCAUCAUGAUCGUUGUGAAAGAUCAGUUCAAAUGCGAUUAUAUUCUAUGCACAAGAGGGAAUUUGUUAUGGUAUUUGUUGCCUUUUUUGCAUGUUUUGGAUUAGCUGUAUUUAUUGGACUUGCAGGUCCUCCUAUCACUUCUACAAGUGAACAAAGAGCUCAUGUAAAUGGUAGUGAAAUUGCUAGUGGCCCUUUUAUUAUGAAAACCCCUUUAUUGUCUACAUAUAGUCAACAGCUAUGGGUCAUUGCAAAAUUAUUAACAUCUAAUAAUGAUGAUGAAAGAUAUGACAAAAGUUUUCAAGUGAGUAUCUCCAUAGAUGGUAUUACCAUUGAUCAUAAACUUAUACCUGUUCUGCCUUCAGAAACUGGUCAUAAUAGAACUAGACACUUGAAAUGUGAAAGACAAAUGUGUGAAGAACUUGUAGUUGCUCAUCUAGGAUUUCUCGAUUACAAUUACUAUAUUAUUACUGUUCGCUUUCAUGGACUCGAAAGCUUCCAUCAACGUUAUAACAUACGCGAUCUCACAUUCUACUGUUGGUUUGGACAUUCACUACGAAAGUAUCCAUUACACGAUUGGUCAAUAGAACAGAAAUGGAUUUCUAUACUACUUCCCUUGUUAAUUUUAUACAAUAAUCCAUUAUUUCCAAUGACAUUUUUAGUCAAUUCUUGGAUACCUGGUAUGAUAGAUGCAAUUCUACAAACGACAUUUCUUUGUGCAGUUCUCAUGUUUUGGUUAUGUGUUUACCAUGGUUUAAGACAAAAUGAAAGGCGUCUUAUUACAUUUUAUUUACCAAAAGUUUUAGUAGUGGGCUUAUUGUGGUGUUCAGCAUUUAUUUUAGCAACAUGGUUGCGCUGUACAGAAUUAGAAGAUCCCACUUAUAAUUAUGUUCUUGAUACAUCAAAUUAUUUUGUAAGUUAUCAAAAUAAUCAAUGAUUAUAUGUUUAGAAUACAAUAUUUUUAUUUAAUACUUUUAUUUAAUACUAAAGAAUCUACAUGAUUAUAGGGUUUCAAAGUAUUCUUCUUCACAGUAGGAGGAUUUUACAUAGCAUAUCUUCUUCUCUUAAUAUUAAGAGCAUAUAGCGAAUUGAGAUCUAUGCCAUACUUUGAUCUUCGUUUACGUUUCUUGACAUUGCUUGCCGCUGUGGUUUCAUUGGUUUGUGGUUGUGUGACAGCACGACAAUUUGGAGCUGGUAUUUUUGAGGAUAGCUUCGCCUCCCGUCUUACAACUUAUUAUCGUUCAUCUGCGCAAUUCAUGGCUUUAUAUGGUCUUCUAAAUUUUUACCUAUAUACGAUGGCUUAUGUGUAUGCACCGGCAUAUCAACAAGUAUAUGGGCAACAUUCUUCUAUAACUAAGGAUAACCCUACAUUUUCUAUGAUUAAUGACUCCGAUGAAGAAGUCAUAUAUGGUUCAGAUGAAGAAAGUCGACGGCCUUUAACUCGAACGUCUCGAAUUGCAAAUAAUAAUAAUUAAUCAAGCCCAAUUGUUCAUCGUGAAUGAGGAAGAUUUUUAAAGCAAAGAAUAUGGUAACAACAAAAUGUUAAAAAUAGUAAUCGUAAAUAGUCUUAUGUUGUAAAAUAAAAUACACGAAGAUGAAUAAUUUAUUCUAAGUAAAAUUUAAUAAAAUGAAAUUCAUUCUUUGCACGUAUUUAUAUCCAUACGAGAUAGUCACUCAUAGAAUUCAUUAACAUAAAAAUUGUCAAUAUUUUAAACUGUUAUAGUUUUAUGAAAAAAAUCGUAUAAUAAU